GGGCCCGUGGGACCGAUGGGGCACGAGGGCCGUCAGGGCGAGAAGGGUGCCAAGGGACAGCCUGGCACCGAGGGACCACCUGGGAAGACGGGCCCCGUGGGGGCACAGGGGCCGCCGGGACGGCCGGGCUCUGAAGGACUGCGUGGGAUCCCCGGCCCUGCCGGUCCCGUGGGUUUGCCUGGCCUCAAGGGAGACCCUGGCCACAAGGGAGAUAAGGGCCACGCUGGACUGAUUGGGCUCAUUGGACCCCCAGGAGAGAUGGGGGAGAAAGGAGACCAGGGGCUCCCGGGCAUCCAGGGUCCCCCGGGACCUAAAGGAGACCCUGGUGCUUUGGGUCCCCGAGGUGACACGGGCCCCCCCGGCCCCCCAGGACCUCCA